CUGUUCCUGCAGCCGGACCGGAAGCAGCGUGAGGUUACAGAAGUCUUUCACCUGUUUCCUCAAAAGAGUAAAAGUUCCUCAGAGAAGAUGUUGAGACGUGCGACCACACAGAUCUUCCGACAGGCGGUGAGAUGCGCGAGCACCGACUCCAGCCUCAUCCUGGAGAGAUCGAUUAACCGCGUCCAGCUGCUGGGGCGGGUGGGGCAGGACCCCGUGAUGAGGCAGGUCGAGGGUCGUAACCCCGUCACCAUCUUCUCGUUGGCCACAAACGAGAUGUGGCGUUCUGAGGGCGGAGAAGUCAGUGCAACAGGCGACAUCAGUCAGAAGACGACGUGGCACCGUGUGUCUGUGUUCAAACCCGGUCUGAGAGACGUGGCCUACCAGUACGUCAAGAAAGGGUCCAGGAUUCUCAUCGAGGGGAAACUGGACUACGGAGAAUACGUGGACAAGAACCAGGUCCGACGUCAGGCCACCACCAUCAUCGCAGACAACAUCAUCUUCCUGAGCGACAACGUGCGGGAGAGAGUCUGAAGCAGUUUCCUCAACUUCAAGACAACUUCUUUUUGUAUUUUCUUCUUUAUACCAAUAUAAGACUGAGGACCUGAAUGCUACAGAGUAAAAGGAACCGACGGAGGGGGACGGAAUACGCUGUAACACUCGGGUCAUGUUUAACUGUGGCGCCCCCUGCUGGUGGAGGAAGAAGACGUCGAUUGCGUCCAGUGGGAGAAGGCUCACUCUUGUGUCUGUAUAUAUUCACUUUAUGGUUUUUAUUGUGCUUCAUGUAGAUAACGGUUACAAAACAAAAUGUUCUGAUGUUGAAAUAGUCUGAGGCUUAAAAACAAACGUUCAUUAAACAUACAGUACUUAA